AUGAAACGUCUGUUGGAGACGGGUAAUGACAUAUUCGCAGUUGAUGAUGACGGACACAGUGUGUUGUUUGUUGCGGUUCAGGAGGGUUAUAUGCCUUGUGUGGAAUUAAUUCUGGACGCUGCUGGAGAGAGAGCUGCCGAAUUGGCAAAUCAGCGCUUGAACGAUGGUUGUUCAUGUGUCAUGGUGGCAGCCACCGAAGGAUAUUGGCAGAUUUUAUCGAAGCUGAUGGAACACGGAGCAGAUUGUAAUCUGACCUUACAACCGAUUUGGGGCUCGUCUGGAGGCGGUUUGCAUGCGUUGGCAAUUGCAGCGCAGCAUAACUACUGGAAAUGCGUGGACAUUCUACUGCCAUACGUCGAUCGAGCAGUGCUCGCUGAUACGGAU